GUGUAUAUACUGGCAGAUGCGUUCCGUCAGUCUACAUCGAUCAUGAGUUCAGACGAGCGGGUGAAGUACUGGGACAGCGCGUGGAGCGAAGGCAGAUCACAUUGGCACGCAAAUGAUAUCAACUUCGCCCUGGAAGGCUAUGGACGCCUUCUCCUGCCGGGCCCUCACAGAAGGGUGCUCGUGCCGCUGUGUGGGAAGACCGUCGACAUGAAAUGGUUCUAUGACAACGGCCAUUCUGUGGUAGGAAUCGAAGGCGUUGAGAUGCCGGUCAAGGACUUCUACGAAGAAAAUGGCAUCCCAUACACUACAGAGGAGUUAUCCUGGGGAAAGCUGUACAGUUCGAGUGACCGCAGAUUACAGCUCUACUGCUGCGACCUGUUUGAGGCCAAACCGGAGGAGCUGGGCAAAUUCGACGCAGUUUGGGACAGGGGCUCCCUUGUGGCCAUCUACGAAGAGGACAGAGAGAAAUACAGCCAGUUCAUUAAGUCCGUGCUGGCCCCUGACUUCCGGUACCUGGUGAACCUCGUGCAGUACAAAGCCAAUGAACUGUUCAGCGGACCGCCCAGGAACAUCCCCAACGAGCUCGUCCUUCAACUUUUUGGCGACGUGUGCGAGAUGAACGUGCUCGAGACGGUGAAGUGGGACAAGGAGGAUGGCCCCAUGUAUGAGUAUGGCAGGCAGGAAGUGGUCGUUCUCCUCACUCCGAAGAAAUAGAUCCACAAACAUCAUUUACAAAGGAGAAGAAAAUGAUAUCAUGUUUCUUAAUUCUUUUCUGGUGUAUUUGUUGUAUAUGAAAUGUAUAAAGAUGACUCUUUUAUGUGUUUAAAAGAAACAUUCCUGUAGAUGUACAUACUGUA